AGCUCGUUACUGCAUGCACACAUAUCUUGCUUUGGCAUUGCCGGUGUUGAGUUAUAUAUAAACUUUGUUUUCUCCUUUUAGAGAGAGAAAAAUGGCUUCUACCGAACCAUGGCUACUGGAGAACGGAAGCGUUCGGUGCCUGACGAAGGACAUGAAGCACGGCCAUGGCCACAGCCACUGCCGGACUGCGCAUAACAUGUCCUCUUCGUCUCUGCGCAAAAAAUCGGACCUAACCCUUGUUUCCAAAGUUCGACAAGACUUUCUCCGAAAUAUUCUGGUUAAUCUGCAAGUGGUUUUGUUGGGAACAAAGCUAUCGAUUUUGUUUCUGGCAAUUCCUUUUGCCAUCGCUGCUGAGUGUAAAAAUUUUGGAAGAUCAUGGGUGUUCGCAUUGAGUUUACUUGGGCUCACUCCGCUUGCUGAACGUGUCAGCUUCUUGACAGAGCAAAUCGCUUUCUACACAGGUCCAACAGGUAAUCAAUCCAUUUUCAUACAUUAUUUUUUAUGUGAUAGUGUUAAAAAUCAUUCUAUUUUUUUUAAUCAUAAAAAAGAUAAAAUAGGUCCAAAAUCUGUACCAAAAUGUUGGCAGGGAAGCUGUCCGGCUAUAGUUAGGAAGUUUUCUUAUUUUUACGCUCAACCAAACAUGUACUAA